AUGAUACCUGUUAUACGAUGGUAUAGUAGUAAAAAUCAAGAGGGAUUUCAGGACUUAGUUUUGAAAGAUCAUGCCUCUUCUCAGAUUGAAGUACCAGACAUACAUAAGAAUAAAGAACAUGUAGAGGAUAAUGCUGAUAUUGAACCAGUGGUAUCAUCAGUAAUGGAGCCUUCACAAUCGAUACAGGAACCUUCAGACCAAAUACUGCAAACACCAGAACAAAUCCUUCAGCCCUCAGAACACAGUAAUUCGAAUGCCAACUUAAAACAAAAACUUAAAGAAGAGCAUGCAGUGUACAUGAAAAACUUACCUGAAUGGGCCAAAAGAGAUAAAGCCAUAAAACAACGUUAUGGACAAUGGAAUCCCACCAAAAAGCUAACCAGACAACAAAUAGAAUAUCUCCGUACCACAGCUGAUUUGAUGCCUCAUUUAAGAACUAUUGAUUUAGCAUCCAUGUAUAAUGUAUCACCCGAAGCCAUCAGAAGAAUCUUGAAAUCUAAAUGGGUUCCUACCGAUGAUGAAGUAGAUAAAGUAAUACAAAGGGAAGAGAAGAGAAGAUUACGGAAAGUUGAAAGGCAAACGGAGUUUUCAUCCAAAAGUGAAAAUUUCAACUCAAAUAAAGAGAGACCAAGAUCAAGACCUCAAUCCAAACAUUCACGAAAACUUAAACGAACUGUAAAUAGACCACACCUUUCACUCGAUGAGAUGAUUGAUUAA